GAGGAAGAUUUAAGCCGAGAGGAAGAGGAAGCGGAGCUGCUGAGUCGAGACACGCGCCGCUGAGCCACUUCAUCCACCCGAGGUCCACGCACUCCGCGAGCGGUUUCUAAACUCGACACAAAGUUUACAAAGAGCCUUUGCCGUCCUCGGGAAAAGGGAGUCGCCGCUCCGGCUGUGGAUCACAGGAAAGUUGUAGUCCUAAGCUAAUCGGGGGCGCGGAACAAGAUGGCAACCAUGCUUCAAGAGAUCAAGGAGAUUGGCUCACAUGCCAAGGACAUCUACGACUACCUUUUGGCAGGCAUUGAUCCACGUCUGGCAGAUUAUCCAUUGAUGCAGAGUCCCAUUCACAUGACUGCGAUAUUGCUGUCUUACCUGUUCUUUGUACUGUACCUGGGCCCUCGUUUGAUGGCCAAUCGCAAGCCUUUCCAGCUGAAGGAAGCCAUGAUAGUCUACAACUUUAUGCUCGUGGGGCUUUCGAUAUUCAUCGUCUAUGAAUUCUUGAUGUCUGGUUGGGCCACAACAUAUACCUGGCGAUGUGACAUAAUCGAUACCUCAAAUAGUCCUCAGGCUCUACGAAUGGUCAGAGUGGCCUGGCUGUUCUGGUUCUCAAAGAUUAUUGAACUCAUGGACACAAUCUUCUUUGUGUUGAGGAAGAAGCAUGGUCAGAUUACCUUCCUGCACAUCUUCCACCACUCUUUCAUGCCCUGGACCUGGUGGUGGGGAGUCGGCUAUGCUCCUGGUGGAAUGGGAUCUUUCCAUGCCAUGGUGAAUUGUUGUGUCCACAUUAUCAUGUAUUUCUACUACGGCCUUUCUGCUGCUGGACCACGCUUCCAGAAGUUUUUGUGGUGGAAGAAAUACAUGACUGCCAUUCAGCUUAUCCAGUUUGUGCUAGUAUCUCUCCAUGCAACCCAGUACUACUUCUUGGACAGCUGUGCCUACCAGUUCCCCAUUAUUCUCCAUCUCAUCUGGAUAUACGGCACCUUCUUCUUUGUGCUCUUCUCCAACUUCUGGAUCCAGGCUUACGUGAAGGGCAAGCGGUUGCCCAAACAUGACGUUAAGGAGUGUCAGAAUGGCACAGCUGUGUACAAGAAUGGCAAAUGCCACGACAAUGGUAAACACCAUGAGAACAGUAAAGGCAUCAAGUACGGAGUCACCAAUGGAACCAACAAUGUUUGUGCUCACCAUGAAAAUGGCAGCUCUCACACGGGCAAGAUGAAGAAGGCGUAGGAUCUCCGGAUGAAAAAGCCCAAAAUGUAUGAUCCAAGAACCUGUUAAAACUACUACAGAUUCCAAAGAUAAUUUUGGCUUUCUUUUCCUGUUUUUAGUUUUAUAUGCAAAAAAAACAGGGUCAAUGAUUUCCACAGUUGGGGCCUUGCAUUCACAUCAUUGGAUCACAAUGUAUGAAGAGAAGAUGUUUCAAAUGUUAUCUUCACUGAUGUUGCAAACAGCCUCCUAGUUCAGUGUCACACUGGUGGCCUUUCACCUCACUUGCCUUCACUACUUUCUUACCCCACCCACACCUUACCCCCACUCAACUCCAGUGGACAGAUGACUGUACAGUUUCUAUCGAACUUGGAAAAACAACGUUUUGUAAAUAGUUUUACAUCAAAAAAAUUAUAACUAAUUGUAUUGGUAUUGCUUUAGAAUUUCCAAAUUUUGUUACUUUGUAUUUAAAACAAAAAAACAAAUGCCAAUAAAUUUCAUUUUAAAUCA